UGCAGUGCGCUCCAGGGUUCGCGCCAGCUAUUCUCCCACAUCAUGUGAUGCUGUUGAACACAGCAGCUACAGCCAGAGAGACACUGUGAGAGUCAGUGUGUGGAAUAAAAAGGUAUUCCAAAGACAUGUUCAUUAUCCUUUAAGGAGAUCGGGUCGCCAGUCUUAUUGUAACUUUAUAGCUUGACCAAAUGAAGACACGGUCUGUGGCUUGGCUUUCGUGAUCAUGUGUGUUCUCGAUCUCUCGUCCAACUCUUGGCUAACUAUGUGAGCUCAUGCUAGCUCGAUAGUACCAACAUUCACCCAGGCUGAAGCUGGGGCGCAGCAGUAGCAGAGCUUCUGAGCCGACGAUCAUUUCCGACAGCUCCGUAUGGAUUUGACGUCGGCAUACAUUGUUGCUUGAUGUUUUACAAAGGGCCGAUUACAGGCGAUUUCGAAGAUGGGGGAACCGUGUGACCUUAAGCACUUCGUAAAGUGUGGCGUCACUUUGGAGGUGUCAUUUCUCUGAUUUGGAUUAUUCUUGGCCAGCAGCCUCUUCAGGCCUUCUAAUCCUAGACGAGUUUCUCAAUGGACACUCUGCUCAAGUCAGAAAUCAGAGAGGAGGGGAGUGGUGCCUCGGUGAAGGUGGAGGGCCUAUCCAAGGCAGCUCUAAUCAAAAGCUUGUCUCCCAGAGUCAUGCUAUCCAACCAUCUCCUGCCUAAAGGGACCAAGAUGAAGGUCAACCUAGAGGAUCAGGGUCGUCAGAAAGUGUCCUUCAGCUUUGCACCGACCAAGAAGCCACUGCAGAGCCUGUUCUUCAUCCCCGCCAGCCCUGACAAGUCUGUCGCUGAACCUCUCCCUGCCUCGUCACAGUCCACCUCAGACAAAGGCGGGCAGGAUACCGACAGCAAAACUGAGCAAAAGCAGACACCAAUGGUGCCAACAUCAAUAGCAGACACACUGUCUGAAACACAAAUCUCCUCAGCCACUAAACUGAAAACGGACUUAGCAAAGAUGCAUUUUAAGAAGCAAAUUCUUAGUGUCUCUGUGACUGAAAAGAAGCCAACACCUGUUGUGCCAGAGGAACCCCAAUCCUCUGAAUUGCAGAUUCUGCCGAAAUCAACAAGGAAGAGUGUAACUGAAUUCCCAAUACCCCAGCCUCAGAGUGUCGUCAGUGUCUGCCCCUCUGAGAAUACGUACAUUGAAGACUCUGAGACAAGGGUAACCCCUAGCCUCAAGAAGCCAGCGGCUUCCUCAGGAAAAGACAGAGAGAGUUCCAGUAGUGCUGAGCAGGACAGUAAGGUAUACAAAAGGAAAACCAGGUCCCAAACUAAUAGUGCAGCCCCUGGCUCAGAAUCUGAUGGAGAUUCAGUCCAGAUGUCUUCCAGUCGCAAAUCUGUUGACUCCAAAAGUAAAACGAACUCUGACAGCAGAAACAAAGAGAUAAAAAAGUCUUCCUCGGGUUCACACGUGGAGGAAAAGGAAAAAAGUUCCUGUAAGCGGUCAGAGAAUCAUGAAAGGUCUUCUAGUUACUCCAAAUCAGACCGUGAUUCUAGACACACAUCUUUACGCUCAUCUCGAUCAGACAAAGAUCGUAGAAGGUCCAGGUCUAGAUCACGGUCUAGAUCAAGAGGGUCUCGAACAAGUUCAUCUCACUCUCGGUCAGAGAGAUCUCGAGGUGACAGAGGAUGCCGCUCUGAAAGGUCAUACUAUCAUGAUUCUGAUCGGCGAUCACACAGGAGUUCUCCACGCAGAGAGAGAAGACGUUCUCGUUCUCGCACCGACAGAACUCGGGACAGUUCUGACUCUGAGGAUGACCAUAGGAAGACAAGGACGAGGACAAGUGACUCCAGCAGGUCAUCUACCCAUGCAACCUCAUAUAAAGAGUCAAAAUCAUCUUCCUACUCAAAAUCUGAAAAGGCCUCUAAAUCUGCAGAUUCUCCUCACUCCUCAGAGUUGGAUAAAAGAACACAAUCUUCAAAGUCUGAAAGGACUUCAAAGCGACUAUCAGACUCUGAUUCCCAGCGCAAAUGCUCACCUGAUCAGGACUCCAGUUACCAUAAAUCUAGCUCCCAUCACAAAUCUUCUUCUUCCAGUAUGCAUACUCACUGUCAAACAUAUGAAAAACGCCAAAAAGGCAGCUCUAGUGACUCUGAGGCAGAUCAUAAGGGAAAAUCACAGACCUCUGACAAAAGCUUUGGCUCAGAGGAGAACUGUAAAAACUCCCAAAAGAAAACCAGUAGGCCAGCCUCGAAGCAGCCUUCUAGAUCUGUGAAAACUAGUGGACAUGAUGGAGAAUCAAAUGACUUAUUUCACAGCCCCGGCAAGGCACCAUCACGUGCAAACAACACAGAAUUGUGUGAAAAAGAAAAAUCUGAUAACCAACAAGUUGGAAAUGAUAAUCAGGAUUUUAAGGAGAUUGUCUCAUGCACUGAUAAGAGUCUGCAAGAAUCGUCGUCCAAGAAAUCAAAAGAAACAAAGUCAGGUGUUGAAGUUGAGAAUGAAAAUGCCUCAGCUAUAACCUCAAGUGAAAGCUUAAAGCAUGUAAAUUCCGCCCUGGAAAACUUGACCAAUGUGAAGGAUAGCCUUUCUUGUAAUAACCGACCACAUGUGAACUCAAAUGCAGCUGUCUUAUAUUCAUGCAGUAGUAAUGAUAGUAUAAUGUGCAUCCAGGACAAGAAAGUUGUGGACUGUGCACCAGGGCCAAUGUCCUUACUUUAUACAGCAGAUGUAUCUGUCACACAUGAUGUCCAGCAGAACACUAAACCAGAGAUUGUUGAGCCGAAUAAAGGUCCGACAGUUGACAAGCAGUGUGGCACAAGUGUGCUGCUCAAAUCUGAUUCAUCAUGUCUUGAAUCUAAGAAUCCGCUUACACUUGAACAACAAAAUACAGAUACUGUGACAAAGAGCAGCAGUACUACCAAAAAGUCCCGAUGGGAUAUUGUUGGGCAGGACACCUCAGAGAGUGAUCAUUCGCAGAGGAUACUUUGUGUAGAGAGUAAGCCUGCUGUUAAAAAAGUGAUAUCUGUCAAAAAAAUAGAGUUUUCUAAAGACAGUAACCAGACAGACAGUAACUCUGACAUUAACAAUACUAUUCAGCAAGAACCUGAAAAACAUUCCAAAUUGGCAAAGUGGACUGAGAUGUCAAUGCAAGAAGUUGGCUCAGAGAGCACGUCCAUGACUGAUAACUACAAAGACCAAAGUGAGCCUUCACAGGCGAGCACUUUUAUUAACCCCUGUGACUUAAAACUGAGUGUUGCUCAAAAUGAUGCAUCACAGGUCGAUAAAGCUGCAAAAAUGCAUAGUUGGAAUGGUCAUGAAGAAAAAUCCAAGGACAGUGCUCAUGAUAGCAAACUGAGUAAGACAACAUCACUCAAUCAGAAUGCAUUCGGAGGACAGAGUGAGGCCAGUGAUAGUGAUAACUCUGAGUACGACUCUGAUUGCGGCGAGGCUAUAAAACGAUUGCACUCUGUGGUGGUGGUGCCAAAGAAUUCUUCCCUAACAAUGGAUACACAGGACACAGGAGCUUCUCCAUGCACAGCAAUGAAUAGUUCAGAACUGCAGAAUGCUAAUGUAGCAGCUAACGUGAAUAUCAGUGAAGUCCCAAAACAAAAGCAGGGGAGUCCUUCCACUGCAUGCGUGGAGACCAGUGGUCCAUGUAGUGUAAAUGAUUCAUCUGAAAGCAUUAUGUUGUGUCAGUCCCAGAGUAAUAUGAUUGAUAGCACCAGUCACUCUGAGGGUUCCAGCUCCAUCUGUGCCCAGCUUUACAUGGCUGGUCAUAUCGGUGCCCAUGGAAGUACUACAGAUCCUGCCUCCAGCCUUGAUAAUUCCCGACAGUGUGAGCAAGGGCAGCAACAGCAUAAUCUAAGCAGCAGAGGUGAAAGGAUUUACUCCCAUUACCAACACGAUGAUUUCUCCAGUGCUGACAAUAUCAAUGACAAGAACGGAUUCAGCCUGGGUUGGGAUUUUUCGCAACCAGAACAACCCAGUAGUACAUACCAGCAGCCUGAUAGCAGUCAUGGGCCACAGUUACCCAACACUAAACUGACAGAAAUCUCUCCCAAGGAACAGGAGCAUGUGCAGAGUAAUGCCUCCUGGAACCACCAAUCCCCAAACAUGCAGACUAACAGAAACCCCUACCUCCAUGUGCAUGAGCAUUAUCAGGAUCCUGCAGGCGAAAUCCAUCCUGACUCCCUAACUAAUGACCAUGACGACUACAGUGGGCAUAAACUAUCUAAUCUUCGUAAAACAGCUGUUGAAUGCAGUGGACCUAACACUCCUGGCUCAUCAAGCUUUGUACAAGGUCAUGAAAUAAGCAGCAACAGCAGGGGCCCUGCUGUGCCAGACCCCCCUAGAGAAGACAGUUUUAGACCCCACAGAGGCCGGGGCCCUCCCAAGAAAAGGCGUCCAGAGAUUGAGUCAGACUCUGACAAUGAGGCCGAAGCUGGGCCGGCAGGCAAGCGGGAGCGUCAGGGAGAGACUGACAUCUCUAAGGAAACUCAAGUCAAAGCUGAGGUGCAACGUCCAACGCUCACUCUGCAAGACUUUCAAGAUGCCCAUAAAUGGAGAGAGUCUUCCAAGUCUAAGAAGAUGCCCCCUUACUUUGACUUGAUUGAGGAGAACCUGUACCUGACUGAGAGAAAGAAAAGCAAAUCUCAUCGAGAUAUCAAAAGAAUGCAAUGUGAGUGCCCAGUGCUGCCCAGAGAGGAACGUUCAAGGGGAGUAUUAGCAUGCGGGGAGGACUGUUUAAACCGGCUGCUGAUGAUUGAGUGCUCUUCACGGUGCCUGAAUGGAGCCUACUGCUCUAAUCGACGCUUUCAGAUGAAACAACAUGCAGACUUUGACGUUAUCCUCACAGAAGACAAGGGUUGGGGACUACGGGCAGCUAAAGACUUGACUCCAAACACCUUUGUGCUGGAAUAUUGCGGGGAGGUAUUGGACCACAAGGAGUUCAAAACAAGGGUCAAAGAAUAUGCACGCAAUAAGAACAUCCACUACUACUUCAUGUCUCUAAAGAAUAAUGAGAUCAUUGAUGCAACACUGAAGGGUAAUUGCUCUCGGUUUAUGAACCAUAGCUGCGAGCCCAACUGUGAGACCCAAAAGUGGACUGUCAAUGGACAGCUUAGAGUUGGGUUCUUCACCACCAAGGCUGUCUCUGCAGGAACAGAACUGACAUUUGAUUACCAGUUCCAGAGAUACGGCAAAGAAGCACAGAAAUGCUUCUGUGGAGCGCCCAGCUGCAGAGGCUUCCUGGGUGGGGAGAACAGAGUUAGUGUUCGGGCGGCUGGAGGGAAGAUGAAGAAAGACCGCAGCCGAAAGAGUGCUCUCACCACGGUUGAUGAGGAGCUGGAGGCCUUAUUGGAGAAUGGAGAAGGCCUGUAUGAUGAGAAACAGGUGGUGUCUCUCUGCAGGCUAAUGGUCCGAGUGGAAACGAUGGAGCAGAAACUCAUCUGCCUCAAGCUCAUACAAGAUACUCAAAAUCCGUCAUGCCUGAAGCAGUUCCUGGACCAUCAUGGAUUGUCUUUGCUGUGGAUCUUCAUGGUGGAGCUUUCUGAAGCUAAAGGCAACAGCGCCAAUAACACCAAACUGCAGUUAGAGAUUAUGAAGACCUUGGCUGUGCUGCCUAUCUCUACUAAGAACAUGUUGGAGGAGAGCAGAGUCCUGACCUUUAUUCAGCGAUGGGCCCAAACAAAAACUCUCCCUCAGCCUGUUGAGAUGGAUGGGUACUCUAGUGAGAACACUUCCCGUGCUCAAACACCCCUCAACACUCCUGAUGGUUCCUCCACCAAACUGGGACCAGAAUUGGAUGGUGACACCGCCAAACCUGCUGUUUACCGCCGCCUUAAAAUCAUCAGUGAAAACAGUCUGGACAGCGCACUCUCUGACACGAGCAAAGCAUCUGAUGGGAAGGAGGAAGAGGAGGAGGACGAUGAUGAGGAAGAAGAUGAAUCCUCACAUGCAGAACUUCCUGACGGCAAACAGUUGAAGGCAGACCCAGCGUGUGAUGCUGCAGAGCCAACGAAAGGAACGGUGGAAGAGUCAGUGAAAGUGGAAAAACGGGAAGAGACUCAAACUGAGGAGGUUAAAGAAAAAAUGGAGUUGGAUUUGGAGAAGGAAAUUGAAGUGAAAGAGGACACCAGUGAGGGUCCGACAGAUGAACUUGAGGGGCUAAAAGAGCCUAGUGAAGAACAGGAGAGCCAAGAGGAGCAGACCAGUCAGGCAGUGACAGAAAAGACGGAACAAGAGGGAGAUCAGCCCACCGAUAAAGUUCUCGAGCCGGAGAGUCAGCCUAUCCAAAUAGAGGUUGCUGAUCUGCCACCUGAGCAGCCUUCAGAAAAUAUGGAAGCCCAGGCAGAGACACAAGAGGAUGAGAAACCUCCUGGCAGUGAGACGCAACCUGAUGAAUCUACGACUGAUGCAGCCCCAAGCUCUGAGACCCCAGAGGUCAGUAUGCCUUCUGAGGUCACAGCAACCCCUGUGGACCCAUCCGUGAUAGGAACUCCUUCUCAGGAUGAAGAGGAAGGUGUCUCAGAUGUGGAGAGCGAGAGGAGUCAGGAGCCCCAACUCAGUGCUUUGGACAUUAGUGGCAUGGCUGCCAGGCUUCUGGAAAGCUGGAAGGAUCUGAAGGAGGUAUACAGAAUACCCAAGAAGAGUCAGGUGGAAAAGGAAGCAAAUGAUCGCAGCCGAGAUCGGGACACAGCCUUGACGCCACGCACCACAUCUGGUAGCCGAGAACGUGAAAGGGAGCGAGAGAAGGAGAGGGAACGCGAUAGAGACCGAGAUUAUGACAGGGACAGGGACAGGGACAGGGACCGUGACUGGGACAGGGACAGGGACAGGGACAGAGACAGAGACAGGGACAGGGACAGAGACAGAGAAAGAGAUCGUGAUCGAGUCUCUGACAAAACUCCACGCAGCACUGAGAGACGAAGGAGACGCUCUGCUUCUCCGCCACCAUCGUCCUACGAGAGGAGCAGCCGACGCACUGAAGAACGGUUUGACCAGUCUAACAGCAACAAGACACCAAGGGGAACUGGUGGCAAAGAGCGCAACAAGCUCUCCACAGAGGAGCGCAGAAAGCUGUUUGAGCAGGAGGUUGCUCAGCGGGAAGCCCAGAAACAACAACAGCUGCAACAACAGCAGCAGCAGCAGCUUCAAACUAUGGCUUAUGACCCUGCUCUGGCCUAUGCCUCCAGUCCUGGCUUCAUCACGUACCCUCCUGGAUAUCCCAUCCAGACCUUUGUGGAUCCCUCCAACCCCAAUGCCGGCAAAGUACUGCUACCUACCCCUGCGGUUGAGCCCACCAUGAACUAUGAACAGACACCUCCCCAGCGUCUUAUCUCAGACAUGGGACUGACCUCUCCAUCCUCCACUUCCCAGGCUACUCCAGUCUCUAAUCUCUCUCAGCACAUCACCACCGCCAACCUCACCACUGGCAACCCUCAGCAGUAUGCCCAGCCAAUUGUAGCAACCCAGGACGCAGGUGUGGCUGUCCUCUCUGUACCUGCCCAGGCGGCCCCUGCGUUACAGGGCCAGCAGAGCUACACCACUGUCUGGGAUCCCACUACUCAACAGGCAGUGACUGUGCAGACACAGCCUGCACAGCAGUAUGCCCCAGCCCCAGCACAGGCUCAGACACAGACGGCUAUCUAUUACCAGGGCCAGCCGUGCCAAACUAUAUACAGCAUCCCCACCGCCUACCCUCAGGCCAACACUCCGGUCAUACAGGCGUACACUGAACCCACAGCCAGCUACCUGCAUAGCCAGCCUGUGUAUCCCGGUCAUCAGCAGGGAGUGGUGGUGCAGCAGGGAGGCACAGUCACCACCAUCGUCACAUCCCAAACUGUCCAGCAGGAGCUGAUUGUAGCCAAUAAUGUGAUAGAUCUGCCUCCUCCCUCUCCCCCCAAACCCAAAACUAUCAUCCUACCUCCCAACUGGAAAGUGGCCCGGGACCCUGAAGGCAAGAUCUACUACUACCAUAUUGUCACAAGGCAAACACAGUGGGACCCUCCAACCUGGGAAGGAAGUAGUGACAACACUAGUGUGGACCAUGAAUCUGAGAUGGACCUGGGAACGCCCACCUAUGAUGAGAAUCCUUCCAAGUUCUCCACAAAGACAGCUGAAGCAGACACUUCCAGUGAGCUGGCUAAAAAGAGUAAAGAGACAUUUCGCAAAGAGAUGUCCCAAUUCAUAGUGCAAUGUCUAAAUCCUUAUCGGAAGCCAGACUGCAAACUUGGACGCAUCAGCAACACAGAAGACUUCAAACACCUGGCUAGAAAGCUAACUCAUGGAGUUAUGAAUAAGGAGUUGAAAGCUUGCACCAAUCCUGAGGACCUUGAGUGUAAUGAGAAUGUGAAGCACAAGACCAAGGAGUACAUCAAGAAGUACAUGCAGAGAUUUGGCUCCGUGUACAGGCCCAAGGAGGACACAGAGGUGUACUAGCCUCAGAGGUCACAGAUGUUACACUUGCUCUGCGCUAACACAGGAGAAGCACAGAUCUGCCUUUCCAUUCACUCCUUCAUGUAUGUACUGGCCAGUCUGAACCGUGAAGUAGUUUCUUACACGUAUUUAUGACUAAGAAUUGCACUGCUGGCCAAGAAGCUCUCCGGGCCCCCCGGAUGGAUCGCUGAGGAAUCCAAUCUUCUCGAAACUCCAGGUGCAGUGGGUGCAGUGCUCUCAAAAGAUGACACUGAGGGGUGCUACAGAUACUGAUGUUUUCACAGACUGUUUGAUUUUAAGAAAUUUUCUUUUUCAUUUGUUGCUCUUAAAUGUUCCCGAGAUGAUCACCUCAAUUCCACUUUUUAAACUCUUCUAGCCCUGAAUGAGGAUUACUCAGUGGAAUCAGUUUUUGGUAUCAUAUUUAUCAAAGUUUUUUUUGUUACUGUCCACUGUUAAAAAUGUAUCAAUGACAGAACAGUCCAGACCCCCCCCCAAAUACUUCCUUUUACUUGUGCACGCUUCAUCUCCCUGCCACUGACUCUGUAUCUGGUGCUGCUUUUAACUGGGCUGUGGAGGUCCAAGCUUCCACUACUCAAACCCUGCCUUUCUUAACCACAAGACAUUUGGAGCCUCUGUUGUUUUAUGAGUGCAUGAUGUAGGGUGAGGUAAGCGUGGAAUCCCAUGAAAUUCCUACAUUUUACAUGUCUCCAGCUUCAAGUAAUAUGCCCUUAACGGGGAUGAGUUUUACUCACAAUAGACUUGGGGAUCAGCCAAUAACCAGCAGGUUGGCAGUGGGGUUAGUCAUCAAUAUUUACAUGUUUUUUAUCAAUUUAUGUAUAAUAACGGGAGCAGGGUUUGAAUGCUAUGUUAGAUGUGCUGUUUAGCUGUGUAUCCAUUUUUCCCAUUUCUUGUCCAACCCCUACUCCGGCCUGUUCUGCCCUUUUUCCUCUUCUUGCUGAAAAUGAAGGUUGUAGCAUUGGCAUUUUAACAGUUUCUAAACGUGUGUUCUGAUUCUUUUUUUUUAAAUCAUUUAUAUGUCCCAGUGAGACAUUUAGAGACAUUUAGGUUGGCAUUGCUCCACAAACUGUCACUCAUUAAUUUCCAAGAUUUUUACGGUAUCAAGGUAGGUUCAUUAGUAUUAGGUCACAAGUUUGUUGCAGCCUAUGAAAUUGCAUUAAAUAAAGUUCCAACUUAUGUACAUUGCUUUAUAUGUGAAUAUAUUGAAGAAUAGUUUUGGGAAUGUUUAAAUAAGCAGACACUUUGUAAAAGGACUAUCAUUUCAUGAUUGAAAGUGUAAAUAAUGUGUACAAAAUUACCAAAGCUGUACGCAGGAGUGUCGUGUCAGGGAGCACAGUGAGCCCGCCCAUCCCCACCAGCUCAGCCCUCCUGAUGCAGUUCCCCACAUAAGUCUGUCAAACUUAGGACCCCACUGACUCGCAGCCCUCUGUUUUAUUUCAGUGGUGGAGAAGAUUUUCACGAUUUUGUUUUUUUUGUCUAUUUUUUUCUAUGUACAAAGUAAGUUUCACCCUACUCUACUGUAAGUAUUGUGUAAGCACAUUGUCAUACCGAGUGUACAAACAUUUUAAAAGAUAAUAAACUUUUUUUGUAAAAUUA